ACACCGUUGAUAUUUUUCAAAGUAACUCAAACCGUGUCACAACACUUUUGCACGGUAUUGCAAACCGAGAGCACCGAUCAUCACAUUUUCACUCCCUAAAUGAAUAAAUAAACAAAUGAACAAAUGAGUGAAUGAAGAGUAUAAGCGAGUGCCGCGUUGUUACAAAAGUGGAAAUAAUUUUUUGUUGAAAAUCCUUCCAGAAUUUAUCUGGAGAACUCAACUCGUCUCCGAUAAUUGUCCGGUAUUUGGGGCUCAGGGAGAGACUUUAACGAGUGGUUGAAGCGCUUUGCGCUCGAAAAAAUUAACGAUCAGUCGCGGUGAUAAAACGUAAAUGAAAAAUUAUCGUGCUAGUGUUUCAUCGACUGGGACAAUUUGAAUAAUUUUUAGUUGUGAUACGGUUCGAUAUUCUGCGAUAUUAUUUAUUGUGAGUGUUAACAAUACGUCAUGAAGCACUGCAUAUCGAUUUGGAGCAGAUUAACUGGCAGGAGUUUCUCUCCUGUCAGCACAACUCCACCUCCUUGUUCUACUGAUACUGAGGAUUAUUCGGAUAACGAUCCUAGGAGCCUUCAGUCGAAAUCAGUAAUUGUUGUCAACAGAUUUUUCAAUGCCGCGCUACCUGUACACGCCGACGGAAGGCGGAAAUGGCCGAGGAGUAUAUUCGUGCUGAUGACCCUGGGACUUCUGGGUCUAGCCUUCGGAUGUAUCUUAGUGGUGGUUCAACCCUACGAAUUGCUUUUCAAACUGAAAGUGGUAUUCGGAGAUAACGGGGAGAUAUUUGAACUGUGGAGGAAACCACCUGUUGAGUUGUACCUCAAAGUCUACUUAUUCAAUAUCACGAAUCAUGAGGAUUAUCUCGCUGGAAAGGUUGACAAACUGAGCUUUCAGGAAGUUGGGCCUUAUGUCUACAGAGAAUAUUUAGAACAUUCCAACAUCACAUUCAACCCCAAUGGUACCGUAACAUCAUACCCCCAUCAUCCCCUCGUCUAUCAACCGGACAAGAGCAACGGUACAGAGGAAGAUAUGCUAAUUUUACCAAACAUAGCACUACUGAGUAUUGCAAAUGUCAACAAGGAUUCGUUACUGCCUAUUAUAUGGGGUCUCAACGGCAUUAUCGCCAGCACAAACAGCCAACCCCUAGUGAAAAUGACUGCCAGAGAAUUUAUGUUUGGGUAUAAAUCGUCUCUAGUCACUCUCGGAAAUACUGUCAUGUCAUCCUGGAUUAAGUUCGAUAAAUUAGGACUCAUAGAUAGGAUGUACGACUUCGAUGGAGACUUCGAGACUGUCUACACCGGUGAAACGGACGUUCGAUUGACUGGUCUCAUCGAUAAAUACAACGGAGACGUUAAUCUUCCUCAGUGGACUGGUAAAUGUGCGAACGUCAACAAAGCCAGUGAUGGAACUAAAUUUGCAAGCUACAUCGAGCCAAAUGACACUCUUCUCUUCUUUCGGAAGAGCCUCUGUCGAGCAGAACGAAUGGUGAGAAUAGGUGAGAAAGAUGUUAAGGGUCUCCACGUGUAUCAGUACAAAUUCAUGGAGGACGAACUUGACAAUGGUGUCAAUAACACGGAAAACGAGUGUUUCUGUCGUCAGGGACGUUGUCUGCAGCCAGGACUAAUCGACGUCACCGAUUGUUAUUACGGCUUUCCAAUAGCCCUCUCCUACCCUCACUUCUACAAAUCCGAUCCGGCAUUAUUGGAAUCUGUAAUUGGUCUUAAACCCAAUCAAGAAGCCCACGAGUCUUACUUCUACAUUCAACCGAAAUCUGGCUUACCAGUUGACCUUGCAUUUCGAUUUCAAAUUAAUAUGGCACUCCAGGAUAUCAGCAGCAUCGCAAGAGUCAAGCGUUUCUCGGAUAUGGUUCUACCCCUUCUCUGGUUUGAAAUCGGAAUGUACGAGCUCCCAGAGUUCAUGAACAACCGUUUCUUCCUCUACCUGAACGUACUCCCGGUCUUCCAGGACGUGGCAUGCUACGCUCUAUUCCUGGGUGGGGCUAUAUUUCUCAUCUUCAGUAUCGUGAAGAUACUCCUGUACCGGCCAAAAGGUGCACUGCAUACACCCGCCCAGUGGUUUGAGACAGAGCUCCAGAGGAAGAGGCUACACUUUCUCAACGAUAAUCGUCAUUCCUUCAGGGCGAGACAAAUGGACACUUACUACAACUCUCUCCUCGAGCCACGAGAAGAAAUGACACCAAUGACUGCUAUCGAAAAUACUGAGUUCAAGGAAGAGGAUCUCGCCUAACUCAUCUCCUGAUCUAAUUUAUUGAAUCAUUCUUAGUUACUUAGAAGAGAUGACAAGAAAUUAAUCGUCUGAUUACAGAGCUAGAGGAUCGUCACAAAGCUCGAGACAGUUCAUACAUUUUUAGCAUGUCGGUAAAGGUAAUUUCAACGUUUUUAUUUGUUUAUUCAAUCAACCGCUCGACAUUGUUUAAUGAAAAUGGAACCCAACGGAGUACUGGUGUCAAUUAAUUGAGAAAAAAAAAAAUUAAGUUGAUGUGCCGUCUCGUGGGGCAGAAAUAUUUUUUUGUGUGGAAAACCUCUCGCAGAUUUUCAUUGAAAAUCUUUAUUGAUAGCUCUUCUUCGUCAUCAUAAAAAAUUGUAAAUAUUGUACAUAAAUUUAGGAUUUAGAAUUACACCGCUACGUCAGAAUUUUUUAUUGGAUAAAUUUUUUAUCGGACAUAUAUCUCAGGUAUAGAGUGAGAAAAAAUUCUAUUGAAUUUAUAGUUCAGUUUUCAAAAAGUCCAUCAUUUCUGGUCAAUUUUUUACGGCGCAUGUGGAAUAAAAAAUAUUUUAUCAAGUUGUACGAAAGAUAACUCUUCAGGUGUGCGGAAAAUGUCCCUCGAUACUUCGAUUGACUUGUACUCACCGAUUGUGGAGGGAAAUUGUUAACGAUUUUCUACGCCGUUGCCGCGAAAAUUCACGUUUUUGCGCUUUGUGAUGAUUUUCUGUGUUUAAAAAAAAUCACAAAACUGUAGAAUAAACUCGGUGAACUGUUAAACAAUUAAAGAACCCAAGAACGUCAUAUUUUUUCACGUCAAUUCGAUCAAUAAUUGACCAGAAUAAAUAGAAAAAACGUGAAUUUCGACUAAAAGGCUGUCGAACAUCUUUAACGAAUGGCGAGCGAUAAUCUUGCCUUUGUUUUAUUUAUAUUCCAUUACCUACUUUGUUUAGUCGAUGAAGUUAUAAUGCUUCAACCUCGGUUUAUAGAUAUUAUUUUGUUGUUCAUAGCGAAAAACAAAAUCAAUUAAUGUUAAUGAUCAAUUAUUCACCUGACACCUAAGCUCACAUUUGAUUUCUCAAUUUGAUCCUUCGCUGAUUGUCACGAUGGAGAUGAUGUGAAUCUUGCCCGGACAGUGUAUUGCUCAAUAAAUAAUUUUUUUAUUAUAAAAAAA